ACAGUGGACCAGCCAUUCUGUGUGACUUACUCGUAAUGAUUGAUGCCGCAGUUUAUACCACAUCCCUGUUGUACAUCGCGCGACUGUCAUGGUUAGGCUAUUUUAGCGGAUCUCUACGGAAAGAUAUUUUUCCUCUAAUUCAGUUCGCACACACGAGUCCCUCCGCGUGCAUAGGCUCGCGACCCAGCUGUGCGACGCCGCGCUGCCUCCCGGUUGAUCGGCGGCAGGAGGAUGGCACUGCGUUGGACGGUCUCUGUAUUUGUCCUCGGUGGUCUAUUAAGAUUUUAAUUAGCUGAUAACAUAGGCUACGUUUGAUAUUUACGACGGACUGGUGUGGGGCAAUAAACGCACCGCUCUGAGUAUGGAAAAGGAGUCCGGGUUUGAAGACCUCUGAUCAUAUUGGCUCCACAGCCAGCCAGGUGGCCAAUCGGGCGAUACUGAGGAGGGGGACCAACAGUGAGAUUGGAAGAUCCUCUUUCCUCACCAAAACUGCUUCACCCAUCCCAAUCCAUCGCCACCGCCAUGUCUAUGCCCAGCGGAAGCCCAGAAAGAGAGGGCUUAAGUGCGCCUCUCCCUCAGCUAGAGUGCCCUUCUUCCCCUCCAGGCAUGGACCCAGACCCCCUGUCAACAGGCAGCCCAGUGCUCAGCCCAGACUCAUCUUCCCAUGAUGCAGCACUGUCGGCACCAGCAGCCUCCCCAGCAGACUCAGAGAACCUGAGUCCUGAUGAACUGGAGCUGCUGGCCAAACUGGAGGAGCAGAACAGGUUGCUGGAGGCUGAUUCCAAGUCCAUGCGGUCGAUGAGCGGUUCACGGCGCAACAGUGGCUCCUCGCUGGUGUCCAGCUCCUCAGCCUCCUCUAACCUGUCACACCUGGAGGAGGAUACCUGGAUCCUGUGGGGCCGCAUCGUCAACGAGUGGGAAGAGUGGAGACGCAAGAAGGACAAACUCCUGAAGGAGUUGAUCAGAAAGGGCAUCCCUCACCAUUUCCGGGCCAUCGUCUGGCAGCUGCUGGGCAAUGCCACUGACAUGCCGGUGAAGAACCAAUACUCUGAGCUGCUAAAGAUGUCGUCCCCCUGCGAGAAGCUCAUCCGCAGAGACAUCGCCCGCACCUAUCCCGAGCACGAGUUCUUCAAAGGUCAGGACAGCCUGGGGCAGGAAGUCCUCUUCAACGUCAUGAAGGCGUACUCUCUGGUGGAUCGAGAGGUGGGCUACUGCCAAGGCAGCGCAUUCAUUGUUGGUCUGCUGCUUAUGCAGAUGCCCGAGGAGGAGGCAUUUUGUGUUUUUGUGCGUCUAAUGCAGGAGUACCGUCUGAGGGAGCUGUUCAAACCAAGCAUGGCCGAGCUGGGCCUUUGCAUCUACCAAUUUGAGUAUCUGCUGCAGGAGCAACUUCCAGAGCUGAACGUACAUUUUCGAUCCCAGAGUUUCCACACAUCCAUGUAUGCCUCAUCCUGGUUCCUCACCCUUUUCCUCACCUUCCUCCCUCUACCUGUCGCCACACGCAUCUUUGAUAUUUUCAUGUAUGAGGGCCUAGAGAUUAUCUUCCGUGUGGGCCUGGCCAUCCUGCAGUACAACCAGACCGACCUCAUUCAGCUGGACAUGGAGGGCAUGUCGCAGCAUUUCCAGAAGGUGAUCCCCCACCAGUUUGACAGCUGCCCAGACAAGCUGAUCCUCAGGGCCUACCAGGUCAAAUACAACCCCAAGAGGAUGAAGAAACUUGAGAAAGAAUAUACCACAAUCAAGAACAAAGAAAUGGAGGAACAAAUUGAGAUUAAGAGGUUACGCACAGAAAACAGGCUGCUGAAACAGAGGAUUGAGACGCUGGAGAAAGAGAGUGCUGCUCUGGCAGACAGACUGAUACAGGGUCAGGUGACGAGGGCACAGGAAGCAGAGGAGAACUACGUGAUUAAGCGGGAGCUGGCGGUGGUGAGGCAGCAGUGCAACACAGCCAGCGAGAGCCUCGAGAAAGCGCAGGACACCAUCAAAGAGCUGCAGCAACAGAGGUACACAGAGCCGUUUGUGAGCAAUCUACAGACCCAGCUGGAGCAGUCCAGAUUGCGCGAGGCUGAACUGCUGGGAGCAAUGAAGGAAAUGCAAGACAAGGUCCUCGACCUGGAGAAGAGGAGCAGCUGCCUGCCUGAUGAGAACAACAUGGUGGCUCUGCAGGAGGAGUUGAAGCAGAUGAAGCUGAGGGAGCUGGAGACGCUGCGCUCAUUCAGAGAGAUGCAGGACACCGUUACUGAGCUCAACCAGCGCUGGCAGCAUCACAUGUCCCGUGGUAGCAGCACAGGAGGAGGGGGCGGCCACUGGAAGGAAUCCCCGAAGAAGAACGCCAUGAACGAGCUGCAGGACAAACUGAUGACAGUCAGACUGAGGGAGGCCCAGGCUCAGGCUGAGCUCCGAGAGGUCAAACUCAAAGCUCUGCAGCUGGAGAGCCAGAACCAGAUCCACAGCAAGCUAAUUGGUCGCAACGAGCAGGAACGCUCAGCCUUGCAGGACCGGCUCCAGAUGCAAGCCAAUCAGAACAAAGCUCUCCAGGCCCAACUCAACGAAAUGAAAAGGAAGCAGGCCGAGUCUGACUGCAAGAGUAAAGAAGAGGUGAUGGCCGUGCGACUGAGGGAAGCAGACAGUAUGGCUGCGAUGGCUGAACUCAGGCAGAAGAUCGCCGAACUAGAGAUACAGAAAGAGGAAGGUCUGAUCCAGGGCCAGCUGAACCACUCAGACUCCAGACAGUAUAUCAACCAGCUCCGGGACCAGAUCGCUGAACUCAAGAACGAGAUCAGGCAGUUGCGAGGGCAGAAGGCAGCGCCCAGGGUUAGCGGUGGAGGCGGAAGUACCAACUAUCAGGAUCUCUGUCUUGCCAGCCCCACCUCUGCCGAGGGUGACUACCUGAGCUCAGACGAGGACCUCCUCCCCAGCCCGCUGCCUGCCACCGCCCUGUACCCCACCCUGACCGGCCCGUGUCACCCGUCUGCACGCCUCGACAGCGAGGGCAGCACAGACAGCGAGGCAGAGGAGCGGAUGCGGACACAUCCGGACCCACAGCAGCUGUACAGCAGCAUGGUCUGCACUGAGGCACUUGAUAACUGAGACCUGGAGGAGGUAUGAAGGUUUCAUUGGAUUUCUUUGACCUAAAGAAAUGCUGGAGCUCGACAGGACUGCUACUGUAAACUGGGACUGUACCCAAUUAUCAAAUUCAGUCCUCCUCCUCAGCUUUUCCAGUGUUUACCUUUAACUUGAUGCAGACAUAGUGGCAUUGAUUGGACCUCUUCUGAUCAUCACUACCCGUCGUCUCCACUCUUGUCACCGUCUCCACCACCUUGUUUCCGAUACUGUCUGAUCCUAUGUUCCCUAACAAGAGGUAAUGUAAAGCCUCCCUCCUUGUUCCCACGUGUAACUGUGCCAGAAACUGUCCAAAAAAACAUGUCCAUCCAAACAUAAACAUGACACACAAACAGACAAAAUGGACUGAAACUGGACCAGCAAGACUGAUGUUGCCCCUCGCUGCUUGAGAUCAACCACUGGACCUGAAUCUGUGAUUAACGAGGAGUGAAACAUGGGUAGACAGACAGAAAAUCACUCUUCCCUCUCCCUAUAAACUGAGUAAUAGACACUGUCUACCCUCAUAUAACUCUCCUUUGAUAGGUUCAGAGUUAAAUACAUCUUUGUCCUCUUUUCCUUUUUAUGCCUCUCAUUAGAAGACACACACACACACACACACACACAUGCACACACUUACAUCAGCCACCUAUUUACGUCUUAGUAGACCAAGUGUUAAUAUAAAGGUCACGAGUAUGAGAAGGAGAGGUGCAGUGUAGAAAUAUGUACACAUCAAACUUUAGGGAAAUCACAAGAUGGCAUUCAUAAAUCAAUCAUCAACAAUUAACAUACUAAAUGUUGUCUGUGACUUACAGAUGACAAGAACGCAAGCGAGUUAAUACAACAUCUCAUGUCAAAACAUAGUCACCAUCACCCACAAAAAAAGGAAGGAAGAAACUCAGUGUUGCCAAAUCUUCUGUUUUGUUUUUUAAUUAUUUAUAUGUUGUAAUUUAUUUUGAUAUUUUUAUAUAUAUAUAUAUAUAUAUAUAUAUAUAUAUAAAACUAUAGGAGUAUAGAGAUACCGACAGAGGCCAAACUUUCUACACCGUCCUUUGUGCCAACUAGUCGUCUGUUAUAGGUUUACUGUAACACUGAGUGUUUCAGAGAUGGAAAAUGUGCUGCUAUGAUUUUGGAAUUACUUCUCCCAUUUUGUCUUUCUGGGUUUUUUUGAACAUGCAACCACCUGUUAACUCUGCCAUAGAUUAGGUUGAACAACUACUGUGCAGACUGAUCAAAUGAAAACUGAGCAGUUUGACUUGAUUCCUCCCUGCAGCUUCUCAACGUUUAGCAAUGAUGGGAACAAUUUGGUUUCCUUCAAAACCAAGCAUUAUCAUUGUGUAUGUGUUCGUUAAAGGGGUAGUUUGACAUUCUAGGAAAUACAUUUAUUCGCCAUUCAUAACUCUUAUGUGUCUGUUGAAUAUGAAGCUACAGCCAGGAGAUAGUUAGCUUAGCAGGAGCGGUUUACGUGCACAAACGGCUGUUUUGCAUGCAAACAGCUGUUUCCUCGUGUUUCCAGUCUUUAUGCUAAGCUAGGCUAGCCAUCUCCUGGCUGUAGCUUCAUACUUAACAGAAAUUAGACAGACACAAGGGCGGUAUCUGAGCGAACAAGCGCAUUUCCUAAAAUGUCAAACUAUCCCUUUAAUUAUCAUUGUCACAUACAAGCAAAAAGGAAUCCAGGUAACAGUGCUGAUCUGGAGUCACCAGUUCAUGUGCUCAUAUCACUUUUUGACAGCUUAAGCUGCAGUAUGCAGGCCAAUGAAAUUGGAAGGAGUCGUGCAUAUUGUAAGGAUGCCAACAUAAAGGCUGUCGUCGUGACUGGAGAGUGUGUGGGUGGAAAGUAUAUUACAUAUCAAACAUUAAUAUAUUCAGUGUAGAAAAAAGGGUGUACAAUGUAUGGAGAAAUAUGAAAUAUACAGUGUAAGAGGAACAAAGGGAUAUAGAUAAGAUUUAAAGCUGUAUCACUUCCUGUCAGGUCUCACUGAAGAUUGUGAGUGUGUAUAAUUUAUCAAACAGGGUGUUAUAUGUAGAGCAAUGGUCUGCUUUUUGCACUACAGAGAAAGAGGAACUCUCUGCUCAUGACAUUAAGCAGUGAGAGAUGCUGUGGAUUAAUGGAUUCAUGGUGGGGUCUCAUUUCUUAUUAUAUUCAGCUCUUCAGAGGGACCUUGACAUUACCUGACAUAUUAAGUACUUCGCUCCAAGAUUAUGAAUCUGGACUUUGUAUUGUGCUUCAUUUUUCUUCACACUGAAGUUGGAAGAUUCUCUCUAAAUUAUCUAAAGGUCCAUUUACUGCUUCACAAAGCUAACUAACAUUUUUUGUGCAAUAGAAAUGAAGGAAUUGUAAAGGAGAUCAUCAUUGCCAUCUUCUCGGAAAUUAGGAAACUGGAUCAUCCAGUAAAUGCCAUCAAAGAGCUGAAGAGGAUGUCAGUUUGCCCACCAAACUGUUGCACAUAACAGCCUUUUAGUGGUCAUUGGUGGGUGUAACAACUGAAAUCAGUGUUUGGAUAUCGUCAGACUAAAUGAGUGUUGUACAAAUGGUUUUAUUCUAAUUCCUUCUAGUUCUUAGUAUGUACAGAAUGUAGUCUGGCAUCAGCUCUGUAGAGCAUGAGAUGUAUACCCUUUAGAUUAAUUACUAUAAUAACUGGCUGAAUCUCUCACUUUAAGUUAUAAUCCUUAAGUUUUUUUCUAUUAAACCUAAUUUUUGCUUUUUAUCGCUGGCAAGAUAUAUUCAAUGCAUUUACAUUCUAUAAUUACCUCUCUCUAUAGUAGGUUUCAUUGUUACUGGUGGCCUUUCCCGUGUGAGAUUCAAAUGAUUUACAGUAAACGAUGAUUUGGAAGACGUUAAGUCGGUGCAUUCUCGCUUUUUAUGUAGUUAACGAGGCAACAUUGGAUUAUCAGUUUAGUAUUACAGUAUCAGAAAACACUGUGACUGUCUUUUUUAAGGUGCACUAUACAUCGUCAGGAUUGCUUGACAGAUUUUUGAGUAGCUUUUGAACACCCUCCCACCACAACUUCCUGAUGAUGAUGAUUAUUAUUAUUAUUAUUAUUAUUAUGAUAAUAAACUUUAUUGCGCUUUUCAAAAAACAACAUGCUUUACAUGGUUGAACCAGGAUAAAACAUUCCAGAACAACAAAAUAAAGUAAAAUAAAAUUACCCCCAGCCCCCAACAAUAAAGUUAAAUAUUAAUAAUGAAACAUCAUAAUGUUCUUGGCAGUGUGCCAGAAUUAAACAAAAUUUCGAGAGUGAUUUGAAAGAUUUUGCAGAUUCAGCAAGACUCAGGGUCCAACAAUUUCUGUCCAAAAUCUUUCCAAAGCCAACAUUCACUGCCACCAUCUGCUGUGAUUGGCUAGCUCGGUGGAGAUGACAAAAUAAGCUAUUUAUUUCUGUCACUUUUGAUGACAACAUAAUUUAAACAAUAUCGCGUCUCCCCCUCUUUAUGACCGCUGGCAUUUCACCAAGUGUGGCCGUUCACAACAGCUAUAAACAUUUUUUCCUUCCAACACGGUUGGACAGCAAAUCAUGCAAACUGCUUCUCUUUGAGCUUAACCUGACCGUUAGUCUUCUUUAUUAUAAAAUUGUAAAGUGAUAAAUUCUCUCAGCCUAUGAUUUGAUUGGCGGCCCUGUAAACAUAUGGAUAUGUUGCUGUUCUUCUGUUACAUUUCUGACAGAGUAACCGCUCAAAGCACGUUUCAAACUGAUCUCUGGGAGCUGUAUUAUUAAAAUGUGAUUGUCAUUGUCAACACUAACCACAAGUGUUGCCAGAUAUACCACAACUUAAAUCUUAAGGAUUAUAACUCUGAUAUUUUAGUGUGGAUUUCAGUCAAAUAAAUUAAAAGGCUUAGCUGGAAAUGGCAUUCAUUUAGGACUGAGUUUCAGUUUUCAAAAUAAACCCUAAUCUGGACCCAGAUCAGUGCUCAGUGUCUUACACUUGUGUACACUGCUGUUCAGUGAUGGUGCUCUGUUCUCACCACUGUCUAAAUACAACUCUAUCUACUGUGACGAAACAUUUUGAUAUGUUUGUAAAUUACUUUUGAAUAUGUUACUAGCGCUCAUCCUUAAUGUUAUUUUUAUAAUUAUCAUCUGUACUUUGGUUUCACCUAACAGCAUUACAUGAGAUGAUAAUGCUUAAACAUCAUAAUGUGCCAUAAAAGUAGGUAGAUUUACACACUAUGCUAAAUGACUUCAUGUGUGUUUAACAAGGGUUUCAUCGACAAGUCGGCCACUACAGCCCUUUUAUUAAACAGCCACGUAAUAUAAAGUGAAUUUGGUGUGGACUGAAAUACGAUCACACUGUGUUGCUCCAGAUUUAUCAUCUUGAAACAUCAUACACUUUUUCCCUGAUUUAAAGCAGGAAAUAAGACAAUGCAGCGCUAAACAGUGUGUCACAUGUGAGUUUUUCCUGACAGACAGUAAAAGGAAAAUAGACUGUGUUCAUCCUGGUUAGUCUGGUGUAGGAUUUCUAUGUGCUGUAUGUGACAGCUGUUUGAUACCCACAGCAUCAUACCCAGGUACUUGUCCACCCUCUCUCUUUCUGUCUUGCAAUUCAACUGAUGUUGUUAUCAAAUAUAUUAAAUGACAGUAAAGAUUAUAUCAAUUCCAGUAUGAUGGGGAAAAAAUACAUUUCAAUGUGCUGUAUCCUAUGAAUGAUACAAAAUAAACUUUGACAUUGCACCUUUGCAAAGGCCA